ACCGAGCAAUAGUAACCGUAUCAUGAAAGAAACCCAUGAAAAAUGUGUUUCUUGUUUAGUACAUAUUUCGUGUUUGCACGAUGCAUCUCUGAGAGCGAGUCGAGUGUGUAGUACACCAGUGCCAGUCGGCGGCGAUCGUCAGUCGUGCAUUGGAUGCUAAUUAUAAUGUAAUUUGGAUCGCAAUUACAUUGUUCUAAACGAUGUUCUCGGUUGCUAGUUCAGUAUCCUUCGUCGGUCGCUAGAUAGACGAGUUAGCUUCGGUAUCGCCUUCGUAGAGCUAGUAGAAAUAUAUGUACACGUACGAGUACCAGCAACCUGCACACACGUAUAAUUACCUACGUCGAAGAUUAUGUACGUGUAUAUAUCGUCGUUGAUCGAAGAUCUACAAAUUCUUAUCAUCGAUAUCUAGAGUGAUUUCAUCUACAGCGCGAAUAACUUCGAAAUUUAGAGUUCGACUCGAAGAUAGAAUGGUGAUCAAGAAGAUAUGUUGUAUCGGAGCAGGAUACGUAGGAGGGCCUACGUGUAGUGUAAUCGCAUCUCGCUGUCCAGAUAUCAAAGUAACCGUCGUUGAUAAGAGUAAAGAACGAAUAAACCAAUGGAAUUCCAACCAGCUUCCUAUAUACGAACCUGGUCUCGACGAUAUCGUACUCAAGCACCGGAACAUCAAUCUGUUUUUCACCACCGAUAUCGAAGAAGCUGUCCACGAAGCCGAUCUAAUAUUCAUAUCCGUCAAUACACCGACCAAAACAUACGGAGAAGGAAAGGGUCGAGCAGCUGAUCUCAGACACGUCGAAAACGCCGCUCGUACGAUCGCAGAUAUCGCUUUAAGUAGUAAAAUCGUCGUAGAAAAAAGCACCGUACCGGUGAAAGCUGCUGAAAGCAUAAGUAAAGUGUUAAAAGCCAAUUGCAAAGCAAAUGUUAAAUUCGAAGUUCUUUCAAACCCCGAAUUUCUAGCCGAAGGAACAGCCAUCGAUAACUUACUAAACGCCGAUCGAGUUUUAAUCGGUCAUGAUCUCACUGCCAGCGGAGAGAAUGCUUUCUUGGAACUUUGCUCGGUAUACGAACGAUGGAUUCCUCGCGAAAAAAUCCUCGGAACGAAUACCUGGUCUUCGGAACUUUCAAAAUUGGCUUCGAAUGCGUUCCUAGCACAGAGAAUUUCCAGUAUUAAUUCGUUGACCGCGAUUUGCGAAGCGACCGGAGCCGAUGUAUCCGAAGUAGCCUUAGCCAUCGGUACGGAUUCGCGCAUAGGACCACAUUUUCUUCAAGCAUCUGUCGGUUUUGGAGGUAGCUGUUUCCAGAAAGAUAUUCUAAACGUCGUGUAUAUCUGCGAAUGUCUGAAUUAUCCUCAAAUCGCAGCCUACUGGCAGCAGGUUAUAGACAUGAACGAAUAUCAAAAGAAACGUUUCACCAAUAAAAUCGUCGAAACCAUGUUCAAUUCGGUAUCGGAGAAGAAGCUGACAAUAUUCGGAUUUUCGUUCAAAAAGAACACAGGAGACACUCGAGAAUCGCCGUCCAUUUACGUCUGUAAAUAUCUACUCGACGAAGGAGCUCGUCUAAAUAUUUACGAUCCAAAGGUUCCGCAUGAUCAGAUCAUCAAAGAUUUGACCAAUCCGUCGAUUACCGAUAAUCCGGAAAGAGUUAAAAAUUCGAUAAACAUUUUCUCCGACGCGUACGAAGCUGCUGCCAAAUCUCACGCCAUUGUUAUCUGCACCGAAUGGGAUGAUUUCUGCAAAUUGGAAUACGAGCGAAUUUACGACUCGAUGAAAAAACCAGCGUAUAUUUUCGACGGUCGUAAAAUCUUACAGCACGAAACUUUGGCCGAGAUCGGUUUCGAAGUUUACACAAUUGGGAAAAGGGUCCAUAAACCAGCCGAGAAAAUCAUGAAUGGUAACUCGUCCCAUUAAUAGUACGGUACCUGACAUCGAAUAAACCAGCGCAAAUACUCUACUUAAUAAUUUUUUUCAUCGCGUGCAAUGCAUUUACUACAUAAGGAAUUUUUUUAAACGAAUUUUUUAACUUAUUUUAUACGAGAUUUCGUUU